UGUACAAUGUUAGGACACAGAGGUACUACUGGAUCUCUCGAGCAGCCUGCGAUAAUCGGUGUGGAGAGAGUUUCAUUCGCAUCUGGGUCCCGGGACACCUGUCUAAUGGGUGAAUGAUGGUUUAUCGAAGAACAAUGUGGUUUGCGAAGACUUUGAAACAUUUCCUCCUCGUUUCUUUGCUCCCCUUCACUGUGCAUUUACAAGGAAACAAAACGGAUACUUGUCCCUCUGUGAUGUAUCCUAAAGCUACACACAACUAUUCCAUUGGAGACACUCUGGUUUUAAAUUGUACAGUACAGCUUUGUAAAUUAAUACCAAAUUCCAUAAUUUGGUAUAAGACGAGUGCAAACAAUUCUGAAAAAAUAGAUGUGAAAAACGUGAUAAAUUCUAGCUCGGUGAUAUUUGUGGCUUACACAGUCUCUUCUGUUAACCUGGCUGACAGUGGCAAGUAUCAAUGUAUCGCUACUCAAGGUGGUCGAACCACACAGGGGCACAUUAUCACUGUGAACGUACAUGGUGUGAAGCCAGAUUCUUAUGAGACCUCUACGACUGUGACUCCAACAAAUGCCACAAUGACAAUUCAAAAUUCUGACAGUACCCCUCUCUGGAUUUUUUACGGUGUUAUUCUCGUGGGGAUCGUGGGUGCGGUCGUCUUCCUUGUAAUGAUGACGUACUUCUGUAUCAGAAACUAUCACGAACCCCUGGAGACAGUCGAGCCCGGGAAUAGCUGUCAAGGAAGCCAAUGUCAUGGUAUGACUGAAAUGAAUGGAAAAUCUACAAUCUACGAAAAUAUGAAUAAAUUUUCUGAAGGUGUCAGCUCAUCAAGUCCCAAUCCUUUGACUGUUAAUGAACGUAAAUCACCUCAGAAUCGGAUGGAGAAAACAAAGUUCUCCGACACACCUCAGCAAGAUACGAUAAUCUAUGCCUCACUGAAAGAAUCCAUGUUAAGCAGAAAACCAUCAAUGAAGUUUGUUGACAACGAAGACACAGAAUAUGCUGCCAUAAAUAUUAAAUAUCAAGUGGAAUGAUUUUUACCUAACAAUGAG